AUUGCCCAUCCCCGCCAUGUCGGCUCGCUCCAGCAGCUCGGGUUCCAGCUCACGGGGCUCCGGCGAGUACAAGGAAAUUCGUCUUCCCGACAGCCGGGCCGUCAGCGCCUUAAUCUACUUCUGGUAUAUACUUUUCGGUUUUCUCGGGGUCACCCGCCCUCCUGGAACCAGAGCUUUUGCUCUGAAUUCCUCCGGAGGUCACGCAAAAAGGAACUUCGUCUCUGACAUGCAUGGUUAGCGGCCGGAAUCCGCGGAAAGUCAAAUCCGUCCGUCGGUACUACGACGACGAUUUCGACACUCGAAGCACUGGCUCGGGCGGCUCUGUCUUCUCGUGGGCCAGCGGAACGAGCCAGGUGUACCUGGUCGAGACGACCGCCGACUACUGGAAUCGGGGCGACGACUCGGACUCGGUAUCAUAUUCGUCCUCCAAAAAACGGCGGUCGUCAAAGAGAGGCCGGUCCUCUCGGACGUCCCACCGCAGCCACCCCACGGGCACCUGGCCUAGGCACGCAUCUGUCGAGGACGACGAUGACGAUGACGAUGACGACAGCAGUGAUGAUGGCAGCUUCGAUGGCUAUGGCGGCCCGGCCGCCGGUCCUUACCCGCAUCCCGGUAUGAUGCCGCCCCAGGGACCGCCUCCGGAAGCCUUCCAGCCCGGCUACGGCAUGUAUCCGCAGCAUGCCUCUCCACCUCCGAUGCAUCCCAACGGCUUCCCGACCCCGCCCCCGCCGCCGGCAUCAGCCAUGCCGCCGCCACCGCCACCGCCUGGUGGCCAUUUCGUGCCCGGUCGUGACGGCAUCCAAGUGUUUGUGGACGGCUGAUUGGUUAUUUUCUUCCCCUUCUGGUAUUCCGAGGCUCGUUGGUGAAAAGUGUACGGGCGUAUCAAGCGGCGUUUGGGAGAGUCUUUCCC